CCGGAAGUGAAUGAAUUAAACACAGCUGGUCACCUGUGUGUUAACGCCACCUUCAUGAAACUAAUACGAGAUGCCUCACAUAUACAUUAAGAUGAGCCCAUUUAGCUUGUCCAUUCUGCGCUAUGCCUCUAGCCUCCCCACUUCAUUUACUGUCCCCACAGCCACCAGGACAUGCUGUCUUCACCGAAGGGUCUUCACUGGUUCUCACACCUGUUCCAAGAAAACCUUCCCCAUUUACAGCUUCCAGCAGAGGAGGGGAGUGAGCACAGCCCUCAAUGAACACAUACAGGAGCUGAGUGCACCUGAGCAGAGACUGCUGAAUAAACUGUAUGAGGGCCUGAUUGGAGGACAGCGGGCGUCUUUGGCUGAGUCCAUCACCCUGGUAGAGACCCAGCAUCCCAGGAAAAAAGAGCUGGCUCAGGUGCUGCUGCAGAGGGUUUUGGCCUACAGGAGGGAGCAGGAGAGUCAAAAUGGAGGGAAGCCGGUCGCCUUCAGAGUAGGUCUGUCUGGUCCUCCAGGAGCAGGGAAGUCGUCUUUUAUUGAAGUUGUGGGGAAGAUGCUGACGGGACGUGGACAUAAAGUGUCAGUGCUGGCUGUUGACCCGUCCUCCUGCACAACCGGAGGGUCUCUUAUGGGCGAUAAAACUCGUAUGACUGAACUCUCCAGGGACAUGAACGCUUUCAUCAGACCGUCACCGACCUCUGGGACACUGGGCGGAGUCACCAGAACAACCAAUGAGGCCAUCGUCCUCUGUGAGGGAGCAGGAUACGACGUUGUCCUUGUAGAGACUGUAGGUGUGGGCCAGUCAGAGUUUGCCGUCGCAGACAUGGUCGACAUGUUUGUGCUACUGAUUCCACCAGCAGGGGGAGAUGAACUCCAGGGAAUUAAGAGGGGCAUCAUCGAGCGGGCCGACCUGGUGGUGGUGACUAAGUCAGAUGGAGACCUGGUGGUGCCGGCCAGGAGGAUCCAGGCCGAAUACACCAGUGCACUCAAGCUUCUCCGGAGACAGUCCAAGUCCUGGAACCCUAAGGUGGUACGUGCCUCCUCUCACACCGGUGAGGGGAUCCCUGAGGUCUGGGCCAAGAUGGAGUCAUAUCGAGACGCCAUGUUGUCCAGCGGUGAACUGCAGGGCAGACGGAGGGCCCAGCACAAGGUGUGGAUGUGGAGUUUGAUCCAAGAAAACGUCCUCUGCCAUUUCCAGAAUCACCCCGGUGUCAGAGAGGCCCUGCCCCACCUGGAGGAGAGGGUCACCAGGGGGGCCGUGUCCCCAGGCCUGGCUGCUGAUCUGCUGCUCAAAGCCUUCUCAUCUUCAUAGCUUUAUUCACUUUAGAAUGACGGAUUCAUGACUGAUCACUGCCAGACAACAAAAAUCAUCUCAGGACGGAGGGAGGAUGUGACCUCUGAGGUUUGCACAAAAAGAAGAGAAAAUCAUAGCGAUACGCAUGAUAUAAAGUUGAAAUUAUUGUGGAAUAUCUGGAUUCUAGCCUCUAAUCCAAAUCUGGAGAGCACUGAGGACAGGUUUCACUUCUCGCCCACAACUUCAUUUGAACAGUAGAUUGCAAAAUAAAAUCAUUUUAACGUGGUUUGUAAAACAAAACCCAGAUGUCAGUUGACAGUUUAGAUGAGGUUAGUAAGACACUAUAAGGCAGUAUUGUGAAGACCAUGAACCUUCAUUUAGUGGAACAUUAACGUUUCACCCUUGCUGUUUUCGGUGGGUACAGUUGAAGCCUGUGGGUCCUGACCAAAAAACAUUAAUGACAUUUGUCGGAGUUUUGCACAUUAUUCACAUGCAUGCACCUCCCGUUUUCCAAAAAGGAGGAUGAUUCACACAUGCUGAUUUUUUUUUUCCAAAAAGACUAUCUAUGAACAACAGGAGAACUUUUAAAAUGUUUUUAUCCAACAUUUUUAUUUCCGAGUGGAACAGUAUAUUAAAAGAAUGAUGUGAAUCUUCAGUGGAUAAGUGAAUAACAUUAAAUCUGUCAGUACACUU